CUGAGUGUAUUCGAGGUAUUCUAUGAAUGAGUCAACUGAACUGAGUGAUGGCGAAUUGUGUGUAUACUACGGUGAGACUUAAACGUUACUAAAAUAUUGAAGGUCGAACGCGAAUAUUCAAUUAACUUUACUACUACUACCUAUAGUGCUACGUGUAAUAAGGAGUGGAUUACGAAUUACGAGAAGAAAAAAAAAAUACCUUAAGUGAAGUUAUACGUACGUACGCGAGUGUAAUAUUUAUAAAUAAUAAGUUAACUUGUUUACAAUUCGCGGUUGCCUUGGUCGAGGGGGAGCGGAACGGAUUCCCACCGCCACCCUGCUGUAUCUGAAAGCCUGAGGUCGGCUUCCUUCCAAAGUUAGAGGUCCGGUUCGGUUCAGUGUUACAGAUAACGUUCUCGAGUCAACAAAUUGUGGUGUGGUGAUUAAAAAAAAAAAUCACAAAAUUAUUGCAAAUAGUGAAGAAGAAUAAUUAAUUUUUGACGAUUUUUUUUUUUUUUGAUUUAUCGUCAGUGUACUGUUUCUGUUGUAAACCGGGGAACUCUUUCAGAAAGUCAGAGGUCCGGUUCGGUGUUAUUUAUAACAUUUCUAGAGCCAAUAAAUCGUCGUGUGGUGCUAAACGAAAAGAAAAAAACUAAUUUUUGGCGAUUUUUGACUCGAUAUUUUCGCAAUUGGAUAUUUUUUAUCGUCGUUUUUUGUGGUGUUUGUGUUCGAAGUUGAGUUCGCAGAAGUGUUAUCGUGUAUUGUGCGCGGUGACCCGUUUUCUUUUAUUAUUUUUACAACUCGGUAAAGUGAAAAUUUCUCUUUUUACUCGACGUUUAUGUAGUAGGAAUAACAGAGUUUCACUCCUCGAAACGAGAUCGCACAUAAGCCAUUGCGAAUAUCCUACACCAUCGAUCGUAUGCAUGACUCCAUUACCAAAUAAUUCGGCGGAGGGCUUUUAUCACAGCUCUCAAAUGGACGAAGAUUUGACACCGGAGUGCUCUUCGGGUUCCAGCAGCCAGAGCCAGGACGGCUGGAAUUUAUUAGAUGAAAGCGAUCGUCUAAAAACGAUGGCCGACUGGUCGCAUCCUUUCGCCAAUAAACGUUCCUUAGCAGCGGCCGGCUUUUUCUAUAUCCACUACGAGAACACCGGCGAUCUCAUCAAGUGUCCUUUUUGCCAUCUCGAUGUGACCAGAUCGAAUUGGGAAGAAGGUGCUGAUCCUUUCGAACUUCACAGAAGGCUGUCGCCUAAUUGCCCUUAUUUGAAUCGACUGAAAUCGAGAACUACCACCGAUUGUUUGCCGUCUCGUAAUAUGCCAAAUCUGAAUAACUAUGAAAAUGGAAGACCGUCGACACCUUCGAAUAGUGAACGACAAUCGCUGUUUCAAAUUAAUACUAGUUCUAGAGCUUUAUUUCGUAAUUACGCUAGCUUCGAUGAAAGAAUAAAGUCAUACGAAUCCACAAAGUGGCCGAGUAAUUUCAAAUCGCAGCCGGAUACGCUGAGUAAAGCUGGAUUUUUCUAUUUAGGUCCGGGAACGAAAACAGCGUGUUUCCAAUGCGGCGGCGCUAUUAUGUUUCAAGAAGAUGACGACGCGUUUGUAGAGCACAAGCACUUUUUCCCCAAAUGUAUGUUCGUCACGAAACACGAGCUUCUUGAAACUACCAGCAAACUGAAAGAGCAAAUAGCGAUGAUCGCUUCGUGUACGCCGAGUCGACCAGAACAGAAUCUAAGUUUACGUACAGCGAAUUUGGACUUAUCGCUAGAGUCGGAUCGAUUGAAGACGUUCCAUGAUUGGCAUUACUCGCUCGAUAAGAACGAGAUGGCUAAAGUCGGAUUUUACUACACCGGUAAAGGCGACGCAGUCAUUUGUUACUAUUGCGAAAAUUGUGUCCGUAAUUUUGAACCAGGCGAGACGCCGGCAGGCGAACAUUUAAAACACGCGCCCGAUUGUGUGAUGGCACCGCUGUGUAGGGAGAUACUCUUAAAGCAAACCGGCUGUUCGCAGCCUAUGGAGACUGCCGCUCCGUUAUUCAAUGGUUUUGAUACUUGUGGCCUUCACGAUGUUCCGAAUCAGCAACCACCCAAAUAUCCGCAGUUUUUGACGCUAGAACAUCGUAUGAGGUCGUUUAGAGAUUGGCCGGAACAAUUCAGUAUUCGGCCUAGAACGUUAUGGGAAGCUGGAUUCUUUUAUACUGGUACCGAUGAUCGUUGCAUAUGCUACCAAUGCGGUACAGGUCUGAAAAAUUGGAAAGAAAAUGAUGAUCCGUGGACAGAGCACGCGCUGUGGAAUCCGGAAUGCGAAUACCUUGUUUCGGCCAAAGGUAGUGCCUUUGUGAAUGACGCUCGCCGCAACAGACACGAUACAUCGGCUUCGUCGGAAGAGGAACGUCGGUGUACGGAAGAGGAAAUCAGAGACAUUGUGGUUACGUUGCAAAAUGUGUUUAGAGCGUUGAAUCUACCAGAGUCGAAUAUAGGUAAUGUAAACGAAAACCAUGGCUGUGAUAUUAAAAACGAUGUUGCCUCCUCGAACCGGCGCGCCGUCAAUAUAGCGGAUGAAGAUUCGGACGACAAUGAGAACGACGAGAGACGCAGAUUAUUGUGUAAAAUCUGUUUCAUGAACAACUGGAGCAAAUUGUUGUACCCUUGCGGACACGUGGCGUGCGGCAGUUGCGCCAAGAAUCUGGUAAAUUGCGCUUUUUGCCGUACACCUAUUUUGGAUCGGGUUCAAAUGUACGUCGAGUAAAUCCACGAUCUCGCCCGUAUCGUGUUCUAAUGCGCCUUAAAGUCUCUCACGUUCGGCUGUGUGAGUUUUCAUUUUCAUUCUAAGAACUAAGUCAUCAAAUUUUCAUGUUUUUUUUUCUUCGUUAAAUUCGUGUGAAAGUUGUUUUAUAUUAUUGUCUCGAUUUUAUUUGUUCAUUACUAUUUUUUUUUUUUUAAUCAUUUGUACCUAAUUCACGAUAUUUGGUUUCAUCGAGUAUUUCUCACUAGUAGGAAUUUAAUCUAUUUCACUAAGGCUGAUAUUGAUUUUUAUAAUUAGUUUGUUUUUUUUUCUCCAAAGACUCGUUUUUAAAUUUUAUAACGCGAUGUGCUUGCGUAUUAAAAUUUUAAGAAUUCGUUUUUUCUGAGCGGUUGCGUCGCGAACAAGUAUUUUCGUUCUGAACGAAGUUAGCCUUACUCGUAGGAGUACCGCUUUUAUUUUUUUAUUUUUUUGAAAUUUUGUAAUUCGGAAGACGAACAUUUUUUUCAUUUUAUUUUUAGUUGAAAGAUAUUACACGUUGGUAUCUUGAUGCGAUUUUUAAAGUCUGUGACGAACGUGCAGAUAAAGAUCUAGAGAUCGAAUCGGUGUUACUUCGGAUGUGAUAAUAUUCGAUCUCUAGCGCUGGCAACGUAGCUACAUAUAAUAACAUUUAUACGAAAAGAGGCGAAAAUGUUGCGUUAUUUUCAUCGUUCGCUUCGUCGAAUAAUUAAGCGGUCGUGGUCUCGCUUCGGUGCCUUUGUAUGGUAAUUUAUUUUUUCGAUUUUAUUGCGGUAAGAUUUCAUACGGUUGCAUCAUAAUGAGUUCCUUGUUGGGUACACAAAUGGCAGCAACUGCGAUGAUAUUUUGUGAUUCAAAUUUGUCUGAAAAAAGUACGUAGAUUGAGAGAAAAUUGUUGUUUUUUUUUGGUAUAUUUAAAUUUUGCUUAUUGUUGCCUCCGAUCUUUAUCUGUGUGUAAUCACUCGAGUCCUAUUUGUACGUGUUAUCGAAACUUGCUUACUUGCUUUCUGAAGUAUCGUGAUUUUUUUAUUAUUGUUUUGUUUCACUCAAAAUUUUUCAGUCUUUAUUGUUUUCCUUAUUUUUUUUUUUAAAUUAUUACAUAUAAAUUUGUAUGUAAAUAAUAUUCAUCGAUGUAUGUUACGCCCUGCUGUCCAAGUGUUGUAUUUUAAUUAUUGAUUCAGGCGAUGAUUUUCUUAAGGUUAAUUAGUUUUCUUAAAUAAUACUCUUCGCGUAUCAAUUACUUACCUUUUCAUCGAACGUAUAUUUUUGUUGUGAUGGUUAGCCAAGUACAUGUUCAUUUGGACGCUAAUUUAAAAAAAAAAGUUUCAUUCGAUGAUUUGACUGCGAGUGUUUUGAUCGCUGGCGCUCGAGGAAAAAAUUUGUAAUAAAAAAUUUGAAAAAAAAACUGAUUCGAAAAUGAAGAUGUGGUACAGAACAGUAUAUUUCAUCUUUAAAAAUUACCUAAAAUUUCUUUGUUGAAAUCUGAGAUUUUAUUUCGUCGGUUGCAAAUUUAUUUGUUUGGAAAAAAUCAAAAUCAUAAUUUUUCAUCUCCGGAUCCAUAUAUUAUUUUUGGCAGUUUUUGCUUUCCAGUUUUUGUUUAAAAUUUGAAGUAUAAUGUUUCCGAAUUAUUUGUUAUUAUGAAUUCUGACGUACUGUCUUUGAGUUAGUUGCAGUCGCAACUCAACCUAUUAUAAAAUUAAAAUUAAAAUAUUACAUCACAUUAUUUUUUGUAGGCAAUUUCUUUUACCCAUAAUUUUAUUAAAUUAUACAAAGUAUACUCUCAAGUCUCAAAAAAAAUAUAUGUUAAAAUCAAUCGCAUUUUGAAAAAAAAUUGAUAAUUAAAUAUUAAUUUCAUUAAGUAGGAUGUGAUACCUAUUUUUAAUUUUUGUAAACAAACGUUUUUGCAAAUACGCGCCUCGAUUCGGAAGUUGAUCUAAUCUGUGAUUACGCGUCCACGACUUACCGGUUGUCCGUACGUGUUUGCAAAGUGCUUGUGCUACUGUGCCUCUUCCUUUUGUUUUAUAAAUUUAAAUUGUAAAUCAACGCCAAAGAAUGCAGGACAGGAAUUUUUUUUUCAAUUUAGCAUGUUAAUCAAAAUGUAAUUAAAGAUUAUUUUAGAAGACUUGAUAAUUUUUGCCAAUUUUUAGUUAUUUUGUAAAGUAUAUAAUUUGUUUCUGUACUGUUCGUCGUGUACAUUGUGUACUGAAGACUUAUGCUAAGAAGGUACGUGAUUUUGUAUAUUUCAUAAUGUUUCCUCGUCGUUAAUAUUAAUUAAUAUGUUACUCACAAAAUACCAAAAGGCGUAAUGAGCUCUUAAAUUUCGCGGUGUGCGCUGGUGAUGAAAAGAUGUGAACGUUACGUUAUGGUUACCAAAUUACUUAUGGAGUCAUUUUAGGCUUACUGCCUACCUAAAGAAAAGGGGGUGAACAUUGAAUGCAUUUAUUUAUUGUACUAGAGAUUUUGUAGAUCGUAGGUGCUAUUUUGAAAAUAUUCAGCUAUCAUUAUUCAUUUCAUCUAAUGAAGCUAAACUUGUAAAAUUCUCGUUGAAGAUAAUUCAAGAAAUUAAGAUAUCGUUGUAGAAAUCAAUUUCGAUUUUCGAACAGAAAAAUAUUCUCUUUGGGCAACCAAUUGAGAUUGAUAAGUCUCGAAAUGUUGAUCUCAAAAGUACCUGUGUGGUCAUGUUGUGUGAUUAUAAGAGUUCCUCGCAUUGAAAUAUUUAGUUGGAAAAAGAAUUGCGGAAUUUGUUGAGCAUCUACCAGCGCCACCUAUUUCCAUAAAUAAUCUAGAUUGUAAGGGUACCUACUACCUACCUAUGACUACGUUUUACUUUACCUUGUAUUUUUCCCUCAUGCAUUCUGUAAUGAUUGUAUUUGAUUAUUUAAUAAGUAUUCAUACUCGUCUUUCAAUAUCUUAAUUUUAAGUUUCGAGUCAGUUAAACAGGAGGCAACACGUAUUAAGAUGAACAGCACACGUAGGGAUCUUACCAAAAUUUUUGUAGAUAUUUAAGCUCUUCAAAUGUGAAUUAUUAAUUAUUAGCGUAGCUUAGAAUGUAAUAUUUUCUUAAGCUCCCUUGUUAUGUUGUUUUUUUUUAUAUAUUACGAAAUACAUUUUUCUUUUUUAAACAA